AAUAAUCAGUGCAACCAGAGCGGAAAGAGAAGUCAGUGUUUUGUUUGUUAGCUCGCCAUCAAUCCUCUUCUCGCUUUCCCCUCUCUCUCGCCAUCGCAGCACCUCCAAAGGUUUCUAGGGUUUGUAGCGCGCCAUUUCCUCAGAGUUUUACUUUACUCGCCGAAUCUUGCGCCAAUGCGUCUGUUGAGGAAGCUCAAUCAGGGACUGCAUUUUAUCUUUUCCAAAGUGAAAAGACAUAUGGCUUGAUGUGGGCAGUUUAGUUUAUAAGGGCACAAAACAGUUUUACUCACAGCUCGUGACUUGUUGGAAUCUUUACCUGAAAGGCUUCUCACGGAACUGAUCAUUGUAAAGUUGCUGGACUAAGCUCUUCCACGUUUUGGUACGCCGUUUGGAUUACGUGACCAGACUGAGUAACCCUAGAAAUGGGUUCAUUUGCUGGUACAUCUGAAAUUGUGGAAGCGAAAGAUGAGCUGACUACAGGUCAAUAUUCUCAUGGAAUACAUCAGCCGAAUUCUGGAUUUAGUAAAGGUGACAAAGAUUGGAAGCCUCCUCCUGUUCUAAAACUGGGAUACAAGGAUUCUCUAGAAGAUGAUAUUAAUAAGCUCUUCGAGGCAAUCAAAACUCCAUCCAAGGGUUCAGAUCAUUCAAAGCAAGUAGGCGCUAGCCCUUUAAAUAGAAAUGCCUUAAAGAAACCAAUUACAGUGGGUGUGUCUCGCUCACUAGGGAUUGGUAAUUCAGAACCGGCAACACUGAAGCAGGCGUUAAGAGAGCUCUCUAUUACCAAGGCAUCAGAAAUGGCUGCUAUGAAACGAUUAUCAAAAUUGACAAGUCCUGCAAGACCCUCGGAAGCUGGGAGGAUCAAGACGUUAUACAAUGCAGUUGUUGUUCAACCCAGUCAAUCUGGUGCCUCCUCAAGUGAAGAUAGGGGAAAUAUGGUUGAAAUCUCUCUGGUGCCAGAAGAAAGCAUUUCAAAUUCUUGUGAGGAGUUGUCUGAGCAUCCUCAAAUGUCCAAGAUGAAGUCAUCAAGCCAGAGUGGACAUUCUUCUCCUCGAUUUGCCAAUGGGAAAGCAGAAAAUAACUCCGGGAGCACAAUAGUGCAAAAUGAAAGUACCUCCAGUUGCAAGUUAAGGACAGUAGGGGAGCAAACAGUGAAGGCGGAACUGGGACAGAAGAAAAAAAAUAAAUCUAAAAGUGAUCAUAUUUCAGAACUUGCUGAAAAUGUUCCUUCCAGGACCAUGUUACAGACAAAAACUAAGACGGAGCUGGUGAAGAAAGAGAAACUUAAAUCUACAAGUGGCAUUACAUCAGUACUUGUUCAAAAUGUUCCUGCCAAAACCAAGUUAGCUAAUAAGCUAUCAGCAGCAAAACCAGGGCGGAAAGUCAAGUUGCAUGUAGUACCUUCUUCAUCGAGUUCGGUGAAUCGAAAUCUGGCAAGCAAAGUAUCCAGAAAUGCCCUCCGCUCUGUAAAAGCAGCCAGCAGGAAUAGGAACAUCGUAAAGAAGAAGACAAGGCAAGAGUCAAGUUCUGUGGCCUGCAACUCUAGUAAUUAUAAUGAAGUUGAUGCUGAUUUUGAUCCUUGUACCAGUCAGCUGGUCUGCGAGAGAUGUCAAUGUGCAAUACAAGGUGCUGGACAACAAUCCAAUCAAGGUUCUUUGGCACCCCAGUUUAACGGUCUUACUGCUGAGGUAAACUCAAAUAAUGUGCACAGCAUUCCAGGUAAACCGGGCUUCACUUUCGACAGCAGUAAUACUGGCAAUAAAGGGGGAGAUGACAUUAUGAAAGCAAAAAAGAACACCAAAUCAAAAGAAAAGGGGGAAUUCUCCCAAAGCUCAAAAAGUAGCCAAGGUGAUCAUAGUAGUAGUACGAGUUUGAGUGACGAGAGCAAUGUCAGUGGAUCUAGUUGCAGCAAUAAGCCUCACAUGUCGAAGGAUGUGAGAUGGGAGGCCAUCCGUCAUGUUCGGUUGCAGCAUGGAUCCCUGGGCUUGAGACACUUCAAUCUUUUGAAGAAGCUUGGUUGUGGAGACAUAGGUACUGUAUAUCUUGCUGAGCUCAUUAGUACGAAUUGCCUUUUUGCCAUAAAGGUAAUGGACAAUGAGUUCUUGGCUAGAAGGAAGAAGAUGCCUAGGGCGCAGACCGAAAGCGAAAUACUGAGGAUGCUUGAUCAUCCUUUUCUCCCUACACUGUAUACCCAAUUUACAUCAGAUAAUUUGUCAUGCUUAGUUAUGGAGUAUUGCCCAGGUGGAGAUCUUCAUGUCCUCCGGCAGAAGCAAAUUGGAAGGUGUUUUUCUGAAGAGGCAACAAGGUUCUAUGUUGCGGAAGUUCUCCUUGCUUUGGAGUAUUUACACAUGCUUGGGGUAGUUUAUCGGGAUUUGAAACCAGAAAACAUUCUAGUCCGCGAAGAUGGUCACAUCAUGCUCACAGAUUUUGACCUGUCUCUCAGGUGCACUGUCAGUCCAACUCUAUUGAAAUCACCUUCAUGCGAUGGUGAUCGUGCAAGAUUGUCUGGUCCGUGUACACAAUCUAGCUGCGCUGAGCCGUUCUGCAUUGAACCCUCCUGUCAAGUCUCAUGCUUCACCCCUAGGUUUUUACCAGCUGCUGCAAAAACAAAGAAGUCCAAAAAUGACCCUGCAUCCCAUGUUAGAUCAUUGCCGCAGCUUGUGGCAGAGCCUACUGAUGCUCGGUCCAAUUCCUUUGUCGGGACCCAUGAGUACUUGGCUCCGGAGAUCAUCAAAGGAGAGGGUCAUGGAGCUGCAGUUGAUUGGUGGACGUUUGGUAUCUUCCUUUACGAGCUUCUAUAUGGCAGAACACCAUUCAAAGGUAUUAACAACGAGGAAACAUUGGCCAAUGUGGUGUUGCAGAGCCUAAGGUUCCCAGAGGGCCCCCUUGUUAGUUUCCAGGCUCGAGAUCUCAUCAGAGGUCUGUUGGUAAAGGAGCCAGAGAAUCGGUUGGGAUCAGAGAAAGGGGCCGGUGAGAUCAAGCAGCAUCCGUUCUUUGAGGGCCUCAAUUGGGCACUGAUACGAUGUGCCAUUCCGCCAGAACUGCCCGAGUUUUGCGAUUUUGAAAUUCCCGACAUGCCUGCUGCUCAGGAGAAUACCAAGUAUUUGGAGUUAACAGCGACGGGAGAGCACCUAGAGUUUGAGUUAUUUUAGAGGAAAAUCACAAGUUUUAGGAGAAGAAGCUUUCUACUUUGUGUAUGUAUUAUUAUCUCUUGAAAGACCUCCUCCUUUCCAAUAUAUAACUCAUAAAUCUAGCUUAUGUAUAUACUUUUUUAAGCUU